AAAAAAAUAAUGAAUAAAAAUUUAAAGGAACCCUCUCUUCCUUCUAUAAGCCACAACGAAUCCCAAUUCGUCUCCCAUAGAUGGUGGAAACCAUUCUAACUCAUAAAAGUUGAACCUUUUGCUCAUGGCAUUAGGUUUUGGGUAGAAUUUUGGAGCAAAAUUUUUGCUUAUUUACAGUUCUGUCAUAAAACUUCUCUGCAUUUGAUGAUGGUUGAAUUGGAUCUCAAAGCCUUGUCCUUUUCUCAUGUUAGACAUGGGCAUCCCAGAUGGAACCAUUCUGACUCAUAAAAGUUGAAGCUUUUUUCUCAUGGCAUCAGGUUUUGAGUAAAUUUUGGAGCAGAAUUUGCCUGCAAACAAAAUUUUACUUAUUUACAAUUUUGACAUAAAGUAUUUCACAUAGUAUCAGGUUUUGGGAGAAUUUUGAGCAGAACUUGUCUGAGAGCUAAAUUUUUGCUUAUCUACAUAUCUGCCAUAAAGCUUUUCUGCAUUUGAUGAUAGCUGGAUCGGAUCUCAAAGCACUGUGCUUUUACAAGAGGUGAGAUUCUAGGAGAGAGGCUUUUACAUCUCGGAGGCCUAGGCAUCUGCUUGAUCUCGGAGUUAGGCUAUAGUGUGAUGUAUAAUGAUGUGGACAUGGUUUGGCUUUCUGAUCCUUUUCCCUAUCUGGAAGGGCACCUUGACAUUUACUUCACCAAUGAUAUGAUUGUUCCCUUGAAUCAUUCUCAUGGCUUGCCGCAACCUGGGAAGAAAGGAAGAACAUACAUUUGUAGCUGCAUGAUCUUUCUCCGUCCAACAGAUAGAGCAAAAGCUGUGCUGAUGAAAUGGAUUGAAGAGCUUCGACUUCAACCAUGGUCUAAUAAGAGCAGGUCGAAUGACCAGCCUGCUUUUAACUGGCCUCUGAACAACACUUCUUUCCAGGUUAGAAGUGAACUUCCCAGCACUUACAAAGUAUAUCGUUAUCAACAGCAUCGAUGGGCUUGUGGACCUGCAAAUUUAUUUAGAAAAAUGGCCUCUGAAAUUAUGGCAGCCAAGGUCUGUUUCUUUCGACUCAAUACAAAAGGAACAUGAUCUUUUUGCAAUUUUAAAAAUAUUGAAGAAUUGUGUCUCGCAUUGUCACUUCUUCUUCUGCUGUGUUAUCGUACCGUCAACAGCUUUCUUCCCUGAAGCAGAAGUUCCAGUUUGGGGUGUGGUUCUCAUUCCAUCCAUAAUAGCUCUCUUGAAUGCUAUAGGGACCCCAAGGUCACUUAAUGAUUAAAUGUUGUUUACUUCAAAUCUGACGCCUUAACAAUUAAUGUGUUGGUUUUGUUAAC